AAUAUGGCGCCCCCCAUGUAAACAGUACCCGUGGUUUCUACCCCGGUUGACGGAGGGCAGUACUGAGCUGGGGCUGUUGUAUAUCUAGUCUGAGCUACAGAAAGCCGUUGUUCAUUUCAGGCUACGCUUUCAAGAAAUCAUCCUCUUGAGGGUCAAGAGUCGCCGCUUUCUUCUAGUCCCAGCAAGUUUCUCCUCUGCCCCUGAUUUGAUCACCGCACCACUGCCGUACUCCUCCGGUCCCUGAUUCUCCUAGACUCAAACUAUGAGCCUCCGGCGGCUGCUGUUAUGCUUUCCUCGCUAUCUCGGAUCUUCGAAUUCCCCUCGUCGCCGGGGGUGGUCCCCGUGCUUCCACACUAGCUCCUGGCAUGGCCAGUCCUCCAAGUCGCCGGCCCAUUGGAACCAGGUGGUAUCAGAGGCAGAGAAGAUCGUGGGCUAUCCCACGUCCUUUAUGAGCCUCCGCUGCCUGCUGAGCGACGAGCUCAGCAACAUUGCAAUGCAGGUGCGGAAGCUGGUGGGAACUCGGCACCCUCUGCUUACCACAGCCAGGGGGCUCGUACAAGACAGCCGGAAUAACCUCCAGUUGAGGGGGUUGGUGGUGCUCCUUAUGUCUAAAGCAGCAGGGCCCAGCAGUGUGGAUGCUUCAUGUCACAACUAUGACAUGGUCAGUGGAAUCUAUUCAUGUCAAAGAAGUUUGGCUGAGAUCACAGAACUUAUCCAUACUGCUCUCCUUGUACAUCGUGGUAUAGUAAAUUUAAAUGAAUUACAAUCUUCUGAUGGGCCGCUGAAAGACAUGCAAUUUGGAAAUAAAAUAGCUAUCCUAAGUGGAGACUUUCUGCUAGCAAACGCCUGCAAUGGACUUGCUCUACUACAAAACACCAAGGUUGUGGAACUUAUAGCAAGUGCUCUUAUGGACUUGGUACAAGGAGUAUACCAUGAAAAUUCUACUUCAGCAAAGGAAAAUUAUAUCACAGAUGAUAUUGGAAUAUCAACUUGGAAGGAGCAGACUUUUCUCUCCCAUGGUGCCUUACUAGCAAAGAGUUGCCAAGCUGCCAUGGAAUUAGCAAAGCAUGAUGCUGAGGUCCAGGAUAUGGCAUUUCAGUAUGGGAAACACUUGGCUCUGAGUCAUAAGAUAAAUUCUGACCUCCAGCCUUUCAUUAAAGAAAAGACAAGUGAUUCUGUGACUUUUAAUCUAAAUUCAGCUCCCGUAGUCUUACAUCAGGAGUUUCUUGGAAGAGAUUUGUGGAUUAAGCAGAUCCGAGAGGCUCAACAAAAAGGAAGAAUAGACUAUGCUAAGUUGCGAGAAACAAUCAAAGCUGGCAAAGGUGUGACUUCAGCUAUUGACCUGUGUCGUUACCAUGGAAACAAAGCACUGGAGGCCCUGGAGAGCUUUCCUCCCUCGGAGGCCAGAUCUGCUUUAGAAAACAUUGUGUUUGCUGUGACCAGAUUUUCAUGA